GUGCCAGAAGAUCGUUAAAAUCACUUAAAACAGAAGUCUACCGUCAGAAUCUGGUGCAGACCCGGAUAAACCGUCUAAACCAACGUACCACGAGUAGCGCGUAUAGUUAUCAUCGCAAUGGAAGAUCUAAAUAAGGACCAGAUAGCUCUGCUGAAGAAUGCCUUCAAUGCUUUCGAUCAGCAAAAGAAGGGCAGUAUCGGUACAAAUAUGGUAGGCACAAUAUUGACCAUGUUGGGUCACGAGCUCAGCGAAAACACGCUGCAGGAAAUCAUUAGUGAAGUCGAUGAGGAUGGUUCCGGAGAACUCGAGUUUGAAGAAUUCUGUACGCUGGCUGCUAGAUUCUUGGUAGAAGAAGAUACGGAAGCGAUGCAGCAAGAAUUACGCGAGGCAUUCCGGUUGUAUGACAAAGAGGGCAACGGCUACAUAACUACCGCUGUUUUUCGCGAUAUCCUUCACGAACUCGACGACAAGCUGUCACCAGAAGAACUUGACCUAAUGAUUGAAGAAAUCGACGCUGAUGGGUCAGGAACGCUUGAUUUUGACGAGUUUAUGGAAGUCAUGACGGGAGGCGACGAUUAAGGCAACCGGAGCUGGUAAUGAAGAUGGGCACUCGGAGGCUGGUUGUUAGCCGCGCAAUUGGCAACGCCCGUCAGAGAGAGCGUUCCUUCUUCAUCAUCCAGGCACGCGCUUUUGCAAACCACUAAACUACGGCCAAGCGGAAAAUUGGACGUUUAUGAUCAUCCAUAUCCUUGGCUAACUUUCAUCGUGCAAGGUGAAGAUCGCAGCGUUUCUAAACGGUUUUAGUCAAUGCCAGGAGCAAUGAAAAUCCCGAAGUGCGUUGAAUAAAUCGAAACAGCGUUUGUACGAAAUAAAGUGGUGAAUAUCUCCAUCAUGGCAAAACGAGUACCGUGCAAAGCUCCAACGUAAUUAUCUCUAGACGUCGCGAAGAAAGUUAUAAUUUCCUACUCUAUGAAUAUCAUUAUGAGUUUACAUGUGAAAGUAUUAAAAGGUCCAAUGUGUAAAUUAUAUAUGUAUAAGUUAUGAAAUUAUUAAGUAUAUCUGCAUAAA